UCGCCAUUUCAUCAAGUCGACGUACACGCAUCGCAUCUCAUCGCAUCCGUUAGUUACGCCAUGGCCAUGGAGGCCCGGCCAUGCACAUCUGUCUGUCUGAGGGAUGGAUGGAGCAUCUCCCCACCCACCCACACCACACCACAUCUACACAACCUUACACCGCCACCCCAUUCCCCGUCUUAAUUACGCCUCACACCCAUACCCACCAGCAAAGGAUGGAUGGAAUCAAUGAAUGACUUACCGUACGGACCGUCACACACAACCCACCCCACCCUCCACACACAUCGCAUCGCAUCGCGGCACCGAGGCAUCGCAUCCAUCCAUCAGCCACAUAACAUGCGACAAGGAAGUAGGAGGAAUUAGUAAUUACUGGCUGGCAGGCAGGCAGGCUACAUGAGGGAGGGGCCGGCCCGGCAUCCUUCUUUCAGACGCAUAGAUAGAUAGAUAGAUACAGAUAGAUAGAUACUUGGCGACAUGGAUGCGAUGCGCGUGUGAAUGGAAUGCACCGACACACAACCGACCGACCGACCAACAGCACCAUAACAUGCAGGGCACAUCUACACGGGAGAGGGGUGGGGGGAGGGAGGGAGGGAGGGGGACGUACUGGACCGACCGACAGGUUGGCCCUUGUCUGUCUCGUGAUCAUAGUCGAUCGGAUCGAUCAUAUCAGUUUCUUGGAUUUUGUCCGCUCCUCUUUCUGUUUCUUCCUCAGCGACUUGGAGCUCUCCUUCUUCUCCUAACGAGGGAGGCCAUCACCACACACACAAACACACACACACACACACACACACAGAGUGGGUGGGGUGUGAAUAGUAGGCACGUCCGCUGUGACUGACCUUUUUGUCUUCCUGCAUGAGCUUGCGUAGAGCGAAGAUGGCCGCCCCAAAGAACACACUCACCACUAUUGCGACUGACAUAAAAAAGCGACCCACACACAGAUGGAUGGAUGGACAGAGAGGAAGGACGCGGGAGCUUGUGUACAUGACAUGUCCAUGUUGGACGUGCCUGCCUCCGUGCCUUCCUUCCCUUCCCCCAUCACUCACUGUAGAGGAUCUUGACGCCCGAGCUCAUCCGCAUGUCCCACCCACCUAUCGCCGGACCAGCGCCCGCCGACUGAUUCGCCUACACACACACCAAACCCAACCCACGAUUGCAAUGCACACGUAGGUAUUGUUGCACCCCACCUACCCUACCUGGUCAGCUUCGAUGACCCUGCCGAGCAUGGCCAUCUGCCUCUUGCUGAGCGAGAAUGGCGUGCCAUCCCUGUGGUGGAUGAUCUCCUUGUCGACCUGCUCGGGGGUCAUGGUGGGCGGCUUGUGCUUGAUCAUCUCGAUGUGCUGGUCGUUGAUGUUGAAGUAACAAAAGGUCAGGUGGCGGUGCACAAUCAGGUUGAUGGCCUCGCCCUCUGACAGCCGGUUGCGGGUUUGCGGCUGGCUGAGGAUCUCCUGCACCAUCCGCUGCAGCAGCUCCUGGCUGCGCCCCACCCACCCCCGCACCAGGUCCACACACAUCUGACGAAAAGGAAGGAGGCAAGCAAGGAAGGAAGAAUGCAAUGCAUCACGAUGAUGCCACCCAUGGUGACUGUCUGUCUGUCUGUCUGUCUGUGUGUUCGCUGAGCUCCUACUGACCUUCAUUCUCUCCAUCCUUUGAGGUUCAGAGAGACUGGCGUCCAUAGCGUCGGCAGCGGCCUCCUCGAGCUGGUCUGCCUCUUCUUCUUGCUUUGCUUGCUCUUCUGGCACAUCCUCCAGCUCUGCUGUGUCGAGAUCUGCGAUAUCCACAUCAUCCUCACCCCGCAGAGGCACCAACGAAAUCGCCAGCAAAGCAACAAGCAAGAUGGGAACCCAACGCAUCUUCGGGAAAGGGAUGCCUCUCCUCUCACCCUCUGCACCCUCGAUGACUCAUUGCGAGCUGGAUCGCUUGAGGCAAGCCCAGCGUAGCCUGUAGCCUGGCGUGACGUGCACACGCAGCGGCGACAGCAUGACGACAAACACUUGAGUCCUAUCAACAGACGCUCACGAAUACUGACUGACCGAGUCGAGAUGAGCUGGGCCCAGAAUCUCACCCGCAAGGGGGGUUUUUGGAAAGACGCCCAU